AUGAACUACAUAUUACCUGGCUUCGACUAUCUGAUGCAACUCCCGUGGACUGCAGAUGACCCUAUUACCCCACGACCAGAGAAGAAGGACUGGCUUUACGCGUGUGGGGGGCUGUUACAGUACCCCAUCGGUUCGACCGCCCACACGAGGCACACAACUUCUUGUUCCGAUGAGCAAUAUCGCGAUUCAUCUGAGGAAGUCAAUUUGCUGAGAGUUUUCCUCAAACUCUGGAUUCAGGGCCAAAAGUCUCAUUUUGACCCAGAGCCAGAGCCAAUCCCGACCGUCGUCAUUAUCACAGAAAAACUACCAACCCAGACACGACGCGCUGCUCGGGAAAUUCACUUUUCUCUCCGGGAUAGCUUCCCCACAAUCUCUGUUCAUUUCAUGGAUAGGCUGGUCGCAAGCCCUCUUCGGAGCUCUCCUGUGGAUCGGACAGACUCUAUUUUCUCAAUUCUGAGCGUCCUUGAUACCCGGGAAUGGGUUGCUAUUGGGUGUUUCAGAUACGGCGUCAGCGAAAUUCCCACAGAGAAUCCGAUUACUGUGAUUUGGACCACUGACACGCGCCGAAUCCGAGGAAGAUCGAGUCCUUUUGGCGUUACCGAUGAUGAUAUCCUGUUCCAGAGGGAUGAGAUUCACAGAUACGUGGAGGACCCGAAUCUUCCUCAGGCUGCUUGGCCCCCUAGCAACAAGUGA